AUGACGCGCGCUGUGGCUGCACCACCGGAGGCGUCGCUGGAGAAGGGGGGACCAGGCGCGACAUACGCCAAUGGGUCGGUCGCCAAGGUGCCCGUGCAGAACAUCCGCAACUUCAGCAUCAUUGCCCACAUAGACCACGGGAAGUCGACUCUGGCUGACCAGCUGCUGCUGAAGACGGGCACGGUGGCCGCGCGCGACAUGGUGGAGCAGUUCAUGGACAGCAACGACAUCGAGCGCGAGCGCGGCAUCACGAUCAAGCUCAACACGGCGCGCAUGAAGUGCGUGGGCGGCGCGCGAGGGCAGGGGGUGCGCGGGGCAAGGGACGGCCGCGGUGAAGGUGGCGGCUGCGGUGCCGGUGCCGGUGGCGCUGGCGGCGGUGCUGGCGGUGGUGCUGGUGGUGGCGGUCGCGGAGCUGUCACGUGGCUGCGUUUCAGGGCGUUCUCCAGCGAGUACAAGGCCAACGACGGCCAGCUGUACGCGCUCAACCUCAUCGACACGCCGGGGCACGUGGACUUUACGUAUGAGGUCUCGCGCUCCCUGGCGGCCUGCGAGGGCGCGCUGCUGGUGGUGGACGCGUCGCAGGGCGUGGAGGCCCAGACGCUGGCCAACGUGUGGAUGGCGAUCGAGAACGAUCUGGAGAUCAUCCCGAUCUUGAACAAGAUCGAUCUGCCGGGCGCCGAGCCUGAGCGCGUGAUCGAGGAGAUUGAGUCUAUCAUCGGCCUCGACUGCUCCAACAUUUUGAAGGUGUCUGCCAAGGCCGGGAUCGGCAUCAUGGAGACCCUGGAGGCGAUCGUGCAGCGCGUGCCGCCCCCCAAGAACUCGACGGCGGACGCGCUGCGGGCGCUGAUCUUCGAUUCUUACUAUGACCCCUACAGGGGCGUGGUGUGCCAGUUCCGCGUGAUGGACGGCAGCGUGUCGCGCGGCGACACCGUGGUGAUGAUGAACACCGGCAAGGAGUACACCCUGGACGAGAUCGGGGUGCUCGCGCCCUCCAAGGUCCCGGGGCACUACGGCUAG